AUGGUGCCCGUAUACACGGCAAAUCGACUGCAACGUUGGAAGUUGAUACUUUUCGGAUAUGACUUUGAAAUCGAAUAUCAGAAGACGACAGAGUUUGGACAAGCUGACGUCUUGUCACGCCUGAUCCCUCCAAGACCGGCUCAGACAGAAGAUAUUGUGAUAGCCAAAAUUGAACAGGAUAUUCUUGCUGUUCAGAGUGCUGCUGUGAAAGCACUGCCCGUGACCAGGAAAACUACUGAAGAAGAGUCAAGGAAGGAUGAAAGGGUAUCGCAGGUCAUAUGGAUGCUGCGGACAGGAACAUGGCCAAGCAAGCCUGAAGAACAAAUCAACAGCUGGAAGGCUCUGAGCCACGAAUUGUCAGUGCAGAACGGAUGCCUGUAUUUUGGACAUCCAGGAAUGGCAAGAAUGAAGAUGCUCGCUCGAGGAUAUGUGUACUGGACGAACAUCAACAGGGACAUCGAAGAAGCUGCACGCCACUGCUGCAAUUGUCAAGAAGCUGCGAAGAUGCCAAAGAAGACAGUUCUCAAUUCUUGGACCACUGAGAAGAAACCGUGGGACAGAAUUCAUAUCGACUAUGCGGGACCACUGAAUGGUAGGAUGUACCUUGUGCUAGUUGAUGCGUAUUCGAAGUGGCCAGAAGUCUUUGAGAUGUCGUCGUCGUCAACUACUGCAACGUUGAGAGAACUCAGAAUGCUGUUCGCAUCCCAAGGUGAUCCUGUCAGACAACGGUACGCAGUUUACAGCGAAGGAGCUCCAGGAAUUCUGUGA